CUGAAUGUGCAUUAUGAUGCAACUUCAAAUCUACUUUUUUAAUAUGUGGUGAAAAAUCCUCAACUUCUUCAGAGUAUGAAGAUCAUCAUCAAAGGCCAUUACUCUAUUCUGGUCUUCAUAGAGCAAGGUGAAGAGGGAGGAGGGCAGACUGCUGUUUACAGUGUCAUCUCUUCAACAAGGUCAGACUACUCCUGCUCCUGAUUACAAGCUAAUCAACCGCUCCCGACCAUUCACCCAAUCAGUGCUGAGCCAGACAAAAUGAAAAACACCCUUGAAUUAUUACAUUUAAGCAGAAGCCCCCUUCAACUAAUCUGUACAAUGUGCAGCACUUUCCUCAAAUCCUCGUUGUGCAGCACACUGAUUUACUCCAUGACACAGGUUAUCUGGGGGAAUGAAAGAGAGAUGUCACACUCGGGGGAAACGAUGGAUGUUCAGACUUUGUGGAACCAAACCGCCUCGCACAGAGACACUCGCACGGAACUGUGGUUCCUCCUCUUCAACUGCACAGUCUUAACUCUGACACUAGUCCUGGGUUUACCCGGGAACUUGUGGGUGUGUUGGUUGGUUUUCAGGACCAAGAGCCUGCAGACCUGCAACAACGCGCUGCUGGUGAGCCUGGCCACCAGCGACCUGCUCAAGUGCUCCGUGGACACGCCGCUGCUGCUCUUCUCCCUCCUGCGCUACGGGGGUGGCCGCCGGGUGUCGGUGCCCGUGUGCACCCUGCAGCAGUUCACCUACGCGCUGUGCAGCUGCGUCCAGCUGCUCACGCUGCUCAGCAUCAGCGUGGAGCGCUUCCAGGCCAUCGCCUUCCCCUUCCAGACCGAGCGGCGGAAAGCGAGGGUCCGUGUCUGGAUCCUGUUCAUCUGGGCGAGCGGCCUCGUCCUGGCGCUCGUCUCCCUGACUCUCUCCGAGAAAGCGCAGUUUUACAUGCUCUGUGGCCCGCACGUCGCCGGCCACCGGUAUUCGGAUCCGUUCGGGCCCUACGUGCUGUCGCCGGUGUGGGGGCUGUGUAUAACUUUGAUCGUCAUCCACUACGUGCGGAUAUUCAAACUUGUGAGGCAGCACCGGAAGAAAGUUUUCCAACGGGGAGUCCAGCUGAGACCGACGGUGUCUGAGGACGUCUGGGCCUGGCUGAGCGGCCCGGCUCCAGGGGGCCCCUUCAGCCCGCUGCCGCCCCGCCGCACGGUGCUCCUGGUAGCGGAGGCCGGAGCGCCCUGUGCGCCCUCAGCCUCUGGCACCAGGUGCGCGCCGGGGAGACCUCCGGAGAUCGUCGGUGCAGUGUGUCUGAUGACACCAGGGGCCAGGGAACGGGGGAAGAAACAGAUGGAGGGGAAAGUGGCUCAGCGUUUUGGUUACAUAAUCAUUGCGUUCACGCUUUUCUGGAUGCCCAUGGUGGUUAUUCUGCUGGUGAAAGUCUUCUCCAGGCAGGACACGGGCAGACUGCUGAUGGAGCUGGAGACCUCAGCCGUGGUGCUGACCUGCAUGCAGGCUGCGGUGGAUCCUCUCAUCUACACUUUGGUCACGAGACAGUUUCGCUCUGAACUCAGCAAGAUCCUCUCCUCCGUCCCGGGAUGUCCACUGAAACCCAGAGCCUGAGGAGUCAGUUCUUUGAUGAUGAAAGUUUGAGAACACAUGGACUGAAGUUAAAUGUACACGAGCCUGUUUGCACACACUUAGAUGGAUUUAGAGGCAGGUGAAGAACAGAGCCCACAGACUUCUGUAUUUGUGGCAGAUAUAGAUGUUUUAUCAGGCGUUUCACAGUCGGAACACAAGACAAGGUCAUACAUAAUAUCCAGCACCUGACAAGAUACGCACAGCAGUAGUCUCAACAACGACAGGUGGCAUAGGAGGGCAAAGCAAAGAGGGAGAGAGAAAAUGGACUGAGCCCAGAAAAGAGACAAUCAAAGAAGAGUACUUAACAGAGAAAGAGAGAGAGAGAGAGAGACAAACACAAUCAAAGACAAGACCUCUGCAUUUGCUGUUUGGAAAUAAAAAUGCAAUCCUUUGACACUUGGAGCAGAAAUAUGCUUACAUAAGAAUUCAAACUGUGUCAUUUUCAAAGUGCAGCUGACACAAAACAACCUGCCCAGAAACAGGGAAGCGGGAAAUAAAUUGUGGUAAAUCACUGUCCUAUAGCAAAAAAAUAAAAUAUAAAAAUACAGGGAACCUCACUUGUGCCGUUACCUACGUCACAUCCUCAUAGUUUUCCAUAGACUCUAAAUGUUGGACUUGAUGUUGUGAAUAUAAAGUCAAUGUCUUUAACCCCCAGUUUUAAAAUCACAUUGGAAAAAAAGCUCUGCCGGCCUGUGCUUGUCUUCUUUUGUUCACUCCAGGUACAUUUGCACACAGUAUUUUUUUUUACUUAAACACCAAUAAUACUUGAUCUAGGCAGCUGCUGUGACUGCGUACAGCUCUAAAGUACCAGCAGGAGUACUAUGUCACUACUAGGAAUAUCAGAAGUAAAACACACCCUGUUCCAACUCAGUAGAAUAUUUUUGGCUUCUUUCUUUGGGGUGAUACUAAUGUCGGGAUCAGAGAGAACACAACAGGGGAGUCUAAGUCUUGUGUCGUGAUGCACUGAUAUGCUAUAUACUUCCACACGUGGGCUGAUACGAUGAGGAUAUGCAUAAUUCUAAGUCUAAGUACAAAUGCAUGUGUAAAAUUGGUUAAGCUUUUCAUUUAUCUCCACCUGAAGGAAGUUAAAUACUUUAAAAACAAACACCAUGGUGCGUUUGGCUGCUAGUUUAGUUUUAAACACAGUCUAUUUCUACAAGAAAAAAAACGUCAGCUACAUAUGGGCAGACAUGAUAUUAGACCAAUUCCAGUAUUGCUUUUGAAAUAUGCUCCUCACUAAUGGACAGUCUGCUGAUGUAUGGGUGUAUCUUUAGCCCUGUCUGUGUGCUCUUAAUCAACACCAGCGUCGGAGCGGCGGUGGUUGUUUCGUCUGCUGAGAUGGAAGCUGUUCCUCCCUGUUUUUGGGGGAGAGCCCAGCACAGGUCUCAUCCACCUGAACAAAGACCAGACCUGACUGUCUCUGCAGCUGCUGCCCUCGAAAUGACAUUCAAGAUGAAAAAGGCCAACAGAGACUCAUCAGCCGGGACGUUAGCAGAGCUAAAAGGCCAGCGUCCAGAGUUACAAAGGUCAACUUUGAUGGGAUUCCAUGAUGGGUGAUGCUGAAGUUACAGGGUGGCUCUGUGAGUCGAGAUAUAGCGCUUGUUUUCGGUGACGAGGGAUAUGUGGAUGGCUCAUCCAGUGUCCUCUGUUUGUCUGUUUGUCACCGUGACAACAGACCUCCCUCCUUUAAGUUGUCCAGAAGAUAACGUAAAUAGGAUCCUUUGAAAAACACCAAGAAAGACAAAAAGUACAAACACCAAGUAACCACAUAGAGUACACAUACCCAACAGCUUCGAAAAAAAUGCCCGCUGAGUUUGGGGAAGAAAAAACAUUGACAGCUAUAAAGACUACUGAAAGCAUACUGUUGUUCACACAGGAGGUGGGGAUACAACAGGACAACAACGAGAGAGAGAGAGAGAG